AUGGCAGCCAACAUCGUCAUCCCUAGCAGUGACUUCAACGACAACACCGUUACGUUCUCCACCGACAUUCCGGCUCACAUCAAGCUGAUUGGGCCCGCAAAGGCCGUUUGGCCCGGGAAAUCCGCCACCGAUGUCUCGGGCUUGUGUUCCAUAAUCCUUUACUGGCUCGACGGUGGUAUCGUCGCAGCCCAACCAAGAAUCUUUGUGGUUCAAUUCCCUUCCACGACCUGGCAACCGGGUGAAACGGUUACUGUCUCUGGUCCAACGACGAAAGAUGACAAGAGUUAUCUCACCCUCGUCGGAACAACAACCACAAGAGAUCAGCCUUACAGAGAGACGACUUACAAUUCCCUCUCGGACGCACAGAAAGCAGAGAUUGUGGAGGCUGAGUGUGCCAAUUCUUGGGAUGAAUGGCUUUCGGGAUUCUCGGUACGUUCAUCUCCCUAUGACCAAGGGCGUAGCGUGUGGAGCUGA